CCUCCUCCACUAUCACCAGACUCCCAACCACACGUCACUGUCCGCAUAGUCGACACCCAAAAAACAAAUCUACAAACCUCUACGUUUGCGACAUACCUUACGCGCACAUCGGGCUUCAUUAUGCAGUCUGCCGCAGGCCGGCGGGCCAUCGCAACGCUUGCCUCAAAGCUACACCCACCAACACCUCUUUCUACCCAAGAAAGCAAACAGUUACUCGGAUUGCUCACCACCAGCUUCCGUACCCACCUCGACCGUGAACACCCAAUUGCCCAUCCCAAUGAUACCCACCGCAAAUCCACUUCCAGAACCCAGCUCGUCGAACAAUCUCAAACUCCACACCCCGCAUCGUCCUACACGUCUGCCCACGAUCAUAUCGACUCCAUAUUGGCUAAUCCCCUGAUUUCGAGAAAGCCUGCACACAAGCACUCUGGAAAUGAUGCUGUGCGUCUCUUGGAAGAUCCUGUCGAGUGGUUCUUGGAUCAAAUGGCCAUCGGAGCUGCCGACCUUCCGAAAGCCUUACUGUUUUUGCAGAUGGCUAAGGAAAACAGCACAGCGCAGAAUACCAAUAUGAAAUCCCCACGAAAUCCAGCAACCAUAGUCACGGACUGGCUACAGUCCAGUGGAUUGGAAAACUCGAGUCAGUUUCUGGAAAUGCUUGUCUUGGGUAAAAAGCGUGGAUUGUUAAAGACCCUCUUUCCAAUGUUGAUGCACGAUGAGAAAAACCAGGCACCUCUAUGGCGUUGGCUUACACGCUCUCCAAAGCAGCGCAUGAAAGAGACUGGUUUAAGUGCAAACCGUAUCUUAGUUUUCCGCACCCAGCUCCUGAAGGAAAUGGGGUCUUAUGCUUAUGACUCCAAUCGCGAUGAAGGCUUGACCAUUUUCCUCCGGGCCCUAAACAUGUGCAAGUCCGGAGAACAUGAUUUCAGUCUGAAGAUGAUUCAACCCCUUGGCGGCCACCUGGUGGGUCGCAUAGAACGCGAACCUUCAUCCGGUGGUUCCACGAACAUCUAUGACCUAUUUCUCAACUCCUCUUCCGCCUGGCUAAGUACGUGGAGCAAGGCAGUCGAAGCCAUGCUGUGGUUACAUCACCCUACGAAGCCGACUGCGUACCCUGGCCUCGAAUUAAUCAUUGCCUCCCAGGGGCAAGAAUCUUUCAUGCAAAACAUUCAUUUAUCCAACAGCAGAAGGCUAUUCAUGGUUCGCUUGAGUUUCGGUGUUGCGCAACACCUUUUAGAUCAGGAGAAGUCUGUCGAAGCGCAAAUGGCCAUGCGGUUCGCACAACAACAUUUCGGCGACCUCGUUCUCCCAAAGACGCCACACCCAGAACGUACUAGCAAUGAAAAGACGAGACAGAAGAAAGAAGAAUGGAGUCUGCAAAUGUUGGACAAUCUGUUGCCCACCUGAAGUAAUCGUCGAGUGCAUACGAAAUUAUGACGUUUGUUGGAUGUGACUUCAAUGUCGUCAUUAAACCAUAGUUGGGCACAAAUACACUAUGUUCGACAGAGUAACUCGCCAAUUGAAUCAGGAAGGAGAUGAUACCAGUGUGCACAAACAGCUGCAAGACGCACUGCAACACAUCUGAUCGAGAGCAAGGGUCUCGCUGGCUGCUCCACAAAUGAUAAGGGUACAUGUA